UAAUGGUGGAGACUGGAGACCAUCAGGCCAUAAAGUCGAUUCUCACGGGUAAAUUUCGGAUUUAUCCUGGUCAAAAAGAAGUUCUUUCGCUCUGAGAGAUGACGCCGUUCAUGCUUAAAGCCUUGGUCUGGUUCGCUGACAAUUUCCUCGGGAGCUUGGUUGGGAAGGUCGCUGAUUACGCAGUUCAACAGUUCGGAGUGCAGCAUGGACUUCAAGAUGACAUCGACAAGCUACAGAGUUCUUCUGAAAAAUCCAGACUAAUCAUCCACCAAGUUGAGAAGUUGCGGAUCCAAGAUGAGGGUGUCAAAGCGCGAUUGAAGGAAUUGUUGAUGCAACUCAAAGAUGCAGCUUAUGAUGCUGACGAUUUGCUCGAUGAGUUUCAAUAUCAAGUUCUGAUGAAGCAGGUGGAGCAAGAAGAAAAUGAGUCAACUAGCUUCUCGUUGCCAUCUUCUUCGACUGCUCUGCCUGCAACGAAAAAGCCAAGAAUCUCAGUCCCUACUAUUGCAGAUCUGAUUUCUAGUAGCAGAGACAAAGAUAGAGUGCAAAAAAUCAAAGAAAGGAUAGAAAACAUCACUGGUGAUAUAAAUCAACUCAUUCCUUUGUUUCCUUUGUCUGAUUUAGAAAACCAACAACAACUGAUUUCAUCGACCAGCCGGACUACAAGCUCCGUUCUGGUUGAAACCGAAGUAUUUGGAAGAGACAAAUAUCUAAACGAACUCAAGGAUUUGUUGUUGAACGCCUCAGAUGGAGCAGGAUCUAGCAACAUCAGCAUCCCUGUGUUAGCUAUUGCUGGUAUCGGAGGGAUCGGCAAGACUACUCUUGCUCAACAAGUAUACAAUGAUGAAGCCAUUCAAGAACAUUUUCAGCUAAAGAUUUGGGUCUGUGUAUCUGGAAAUUUCUCUGUCGAGAGACUCACCAAAGAGAUUAUAGAGUCUGCAACCCGAAAAAAAUGUGAGCUUACAAAUUUAGAUGCGUUGCAUGUGAUUCUUAACGAAAACAUAACAUCAAAGAAGUUUUUGCUUGUGCUUGAUGAUGUGUGGAACGAGGAUAGUAGCAAAUGGGAGAAAUUCUAUGCACCGUUGAAAAAUGGAGCGAAGGGCAGUAAGAUCCUAGUAACAACUCGUUCUACUACAAUUGCAGGCAUGGUUGGUGCUGUGGAUCCAAUCCAUCUCUAUGGUUUGGAGGCUGAGAGCUUCUGGGCAUUCUUCAAGAAAUGUGUAUUUGGCUCGCAAAACAAUGGUGACCAUCCACCUGAUCUCGAAACCAUAGCCAAGACAAUUGCCGAAAGGUUGAAUGGUUUACCACUUGCAGCAAAGACGGUUGGAGGAUUAUUGAAGGUUAACAUGGAAAAGAGUCAUUGGGAAACUAUUAUGAAAAGUGAAAUCUGGCAACUUCCGCAAAAUGAGAGUGACGUUCUGCCGGUCCUCCAGUUGAGCUAUCAAUGCCUUCCUGCGCAUCUCAAACGCUGCUUCGCCUUUUGCUCACUUUUUCACAAAGAUUAUGUAUUUGACAAAGAAGAGUUGGUAAGGAUUUGGAUAGCAGAAGGCUUUGUUAUUCCUCAAGGAAAAGAGAGGAUGGAGGAUGUAGGGAGCAGCUACUUUGAAGAUCUAGUUAGUAGAUCUUUCUUUCAGAAAUCAACAACACGUAGCUAUGUGAUGCAUGAUCUGAUACAUGAUCUUGCACAGUUGGUGUCAGAUGGUGAAUGUUAUCUGCUAGAGAAUGGCAAUACACAAGAGGUCUCUAGUCUGGUGCGUCAUCUGUCAGUGUGGCCUCCUGCGAGUAAGCCUGCUUAUCAACUGGAAAGAAAAUUACUAGUGCUCAGUGGUAAUAACAAAUGGCGGAGCCUAAUUUGGAAAGGCAAUUACUAUUAUAACAAUUGGCGGAGCCUAAUUUGGAAUGACAAUUACUAUAAUAACAACAAUCCGACUCUGAAGGACUUAUGGAGAAGUUUAAAAUACAUUCGUGUGUUGAUUUUGCAGAGAAGUGGAAUUGUUGAAUUGCCUGAGGAUGUUGGCGAACUUAGACACCUUCGCUAUCUUGACUUAUCCUUUAACUAUGAAAUGAUAAGAUUACCUGACUCAUUAUGUCGUCUUCACAAUCUGCAGGUACUGCAACUGUAUGAAUGUCCAAUACAGAGUUUUCCACAAGGGAUGAGCAAGCUUAUCAACUUGAGAUACAUUGAUUUUCGAGAUAUGACAUUAAUAUCAAAAAUAUACAGGAUAGGGAGGCUAACUUCCCUUCAACAACUAAACACAUUCAAGGUGCAGAAUCAUCCAGGACACAAACUCGAGGAACUAAGUGGUUUGACACAGCUCCAUGGAAGUCUACGAAUCUCUAAUCUUGAAAAUGUUGGGAGUAAAGAAGAAGCAAAUGCGGGUAAACUGCACAACAAAGUGUUUAUUGAUAGCUUGACGUUAGAAUGGAUGCCCAACCAGGAUGACAGCUCGGAGGGCAAUCAAUUACUCAUCUUGGAAGAGCUGCUUAAAGAUCUGAAAUGGCAUCCCACUCUGAAAGAAUUGGAAAUUUCUGGGUACUCUUGGGCAGCAUGGGACGAGAAUUACAGUUGGGCCAAGGACAUAAAGUUGUUUCCAUCCGUCUUGCAGGAACUUCACGUCUUCUAUUGUCCCAAACUUAAGAGGUUGCCUCCCCUCCCUCCUUCGCUUGUAGAUUUACAGCUAUUACAAUCCGGGUUGACGAAACUUCCAAAUAUUUGGGAAGAAAUCGAUGGAAGUGGCCAUUGUAAGGUUGCUACUCUUAAACAUUUGUAUAUACGUUGCCCAUAUCUUACGAGUUUGGAAGAUGGGUUGCUGUCUCAGAAUCUUCCGUGCCUUGAGUAUCUCAUAUUAGAGGAUUGUAAAGAACUGAUGUGGCUUCCCAUGGAGAAACUUAAGGUAUUUGCCUCCCUAAAGGAAAUGCGAAUAUGGAAUUGCCCCAAGCUCCUAACGAUGACGCAUGACCUUAAUGACUUCCUCAUCCUCCCGCAAUCACUCAAGAAAUUAACCUUGUCUAACUGUGGGGAUCUUGACAAAUUGUUGCCUCGUUGCCUGCACAACCUCACCUCGCUCGCUCAUUUGGAAAUAGGCGAAUGUCCUCACUUACGUUCUCUUCCAAAGGAACCUCUGCUUCACUUGAAGCAACUGGAAUAUGUGAAAAUCCAUGGUUGUGAUGAGCUGAGAUCAAUGGAAGGAUUAGGAGUUCUGAAAUCCCUCAAGAAUUUGAUUAUUUUGGAAUGCCCCAAUCUUUUAAUAAAUGGAAGAGACGAGCAUGGGAAGGAGGAGGAGGAGGAGGAGCAGGGUUUGUUAUCGCUACGUGAAAUAUGCGUUGAUAACACUGCGUUGCUUAAAAUUCCCCCCCUGAGAAAUGCACUGCCAUCUAUCCAUAGACUCCAAAUCGAAAGCUCAGUUGAGGAGGUGAUGUUUGAGGGGGAGGAGCAGGAAUUGUUGCGGAGGCUCACUGUUCUUAGAAUCCUAAUGUUUUCUUAUUGCAAGGAACUACAGUAUCUACCAAAGGAGUUGUGUACUCUUCCCUCCCUCGAGCUUUUAUCCAUUUCAUCUUGUCCAGAGAUUGAGUCACUGCCGGAGACAGGUCUGCCCACCUCCCUCACUGAUUUAAGAUGUCAGUGUGUAAAUCCGAUGCUAAAGCAACAAAUUCAGGAGAAGAUCAAGGAAUUGACUAGCUCCGGUCGAUAUCGUUCUGUAAAUGAAAGGCUUUGAUGCAUACGGUUUGCACAUCCCACCAUACCACUACUCACCGCCACGGCUACUUUUCUUUACAUCUUGUUUUUUUCAAUAAUAUAUUACUUUUUGAAAUCUUUUAGAGAAUUUUGGGUGCCUGUUGUUGCCAUGUGGCCACCAGAUUUCUUCGCUGCUGGAGAAGUCAACUGCUUUGGAAUUUUAGGUCGUGCUGCUAAGCUGAAAAUGUUGAACAUUGUCAUUUCUGAAGCCUUUGGAUUCAAGGUUCUCAGCCAAGUUUUAUUGCUCCGAGGUGCAAACCUGUCCUAGCUAUUAUAAAGAGUUAGUUCCGUCUCAACUCUGAGGGCUGGACUGGUUGCAUCAAGGGAGCUGAGGUUUUUUUUUUGGGCACGAUCUCACUGUGCCAAAUUUUAGUUUCCUUGACACACCAUGGUUGAAGUGUAAUAAUUUCUUCCUUUGAAUCGAUAGUAUCAUAGUAUAAAUGUUUUGCUUA